UGGAGACUUUCCCCACCAAAAUACAUCAGGGAAUGCAGCACAUGUCGGAGUCUGUGUUUGUGGGACUUUGUGAGAUAGUGGGGACCACAAAACAGGUGGCUAUUAGGAGGGAGACAUCGGACAUCAAGGAGAUGGUGGAGAACCGACUGAUAACAAAUAAUGGGGCCGUUAAGAUGAUGAGUGGAAGUACGAGAGAAGGGUUCAGACUGAAGGGAUCAGAUAUUGACACCAUGUACUGGCCAAACGACCACCGAGUGAUCAUGGACAUGUCUCAGUCUGAGUAUUACAAUACAGCCAAUACAAUCUUGAUUCUCUCUGACAGUUCUAAGAGUCCACCAGGAUUCACCUUACUUCAGAAACUGACACCAACAGCACAUAUGUUUAGUAUGCUUGCCCAACAUGCAUGUGUCAGAAUAAAUGACAUACUCUGCAUAUCUAGUUCUAUAUACAGACAGAUCACUCGUUCUAUAGCAAUACCUAAUUCUACUUUACACGGACCCUGUGGAACUGCCAAUGUAGAAGGAAUAGAAUAUGAUAAUGCUCACUGUUUUGUUUGUGACUUUUGGCCUCCGUCUGCCUCCUCAUGGAUAGACAGAUGUCACUCAUGGCCUGAUCCUGCAAUCAUUGAUGACAUUGUCAGAAAUGGAUGUCACUUUGUUGCAAUAGGACACCCAUUAGGACCACAUGAAAAUGAAGAAUGGAGAAUUUCUUUUUCUCGGGCAGAAUAUAAAAUAGUUUACUCAAUGAACCACUGUCAGUUUUUGACUUAUGGGUUGUUAAAAAUUUUCUUAAAAGAAGUUAUAAAUCAACAAUCAGAAGAAACCAAUCAACUGUUGUGUUCCUAUCACAUGAAGACAACAGUUUUCUGGGCAAUACAACAAAACACACUACCUCACUGGUGUCCACAAAAUCUCCUGGCCGGUUUCUGGGUCUGUUUCAAACUUCUCCUUAAGUGGGUGUAUAAUGGAGUUUGUCCUAACUUUUUCAUCCCACAAAACAACAUGUUUCUGACAAAGGUCCAUGGCUCAGCACAAAACAGAUUGUUCCUACAGUUAAAUGAAUUAUACAACAAAGGUCUGGCCUGUCUGUUACAGAGUUCCUCUAUCAGGUCCUACAUCAUUGAUGUCCUGUACAAUCCUAGACUUUCUAUUUGUACAGAUGAGAGUAUACUGAAGUCUGAAUUUGAUUAUGAUUUAGAACUUUUCCAAGGUUCCUUCGUUCAAUUUUCAACAGUUGUAGCUCAUGGAUACAUGUGUGAUCUUACCAAAGCCAUCCAUACACUAGAAGAGUUGGUACAUACACCCUUGUCACACUAUCAAGUUGUUACAUUACAGAAGUACACAGCUCUGUUUUUACAGAGUACUGCUUUUGCAUUACAAAAAUUAUACACUAACACAGGUCUUAACAAACAGAUGUAUAUUGCAGACAAGCUGUCCUAUCAUAUGCUGAAAUUAGCAGCCAAGUUUGGGUGUGUAUCUGAUAUGUUGUACAUUGCAAUGCAUUAUUACAACACACUCAGAUACAGGGAAGCUUUAUCUGUUAUAGAGAUGACAAAGGUCAAGUUAGCACGAUAUAUGAUCUUAUCAUACCAUCAAACUGUAGACGGAGAGGGGUAUACUGAGCCUGUAGAGGGACAGUCUUGGUCUAAGUUCUUACAGGCUGUGGCAUUUGUUAUCACACUUUACAACAAAAUCUGUUAUAUCAGUGAACUACUACCAGAACAAAAGUCCGCUCUGCGGAGCAGAAAUCAUACAUUAUUUAUCCCAGGGUAUGUAAUGUUAUUCUUCCUAGAGUUUUUGUGUUACAGACACAUUGAUACAACAUUAUCACAAGCAGCUCUAGAUCAGCUACAGGCCCUAGUCCACCAUGAUCAGGAACUGUAUAUAGUUGAUGGAAACAGAGAAAUCUCCUGGGAGAUCCUGGGGAUUUGUCAACAGAUCACAGGGGACCUCCAGACUGCUCUUUACUCAUACCAACAGUCACAGAUCACACAGCAUCCAUUCUACAACAUACAUACAGCUAGACAGAGGAGAAUACAGGACAUAGUUCAGUCAACACAACACCAGUAUGUAGAGGAUCUGCCUUUAGAUUAAAAAAGCCUGGAUUAACAAAAUCAGUAUGUAAAAAUUAAGACAAUAUAGGGACAGUACCCCCCCCCCCCCCCCAAUCACUAUAGUUCUUGAAUCACUACAUUUCAUUGCAGUGUAUCUAACUUUUAAUUUUCUAACUUUUAACCAUCUUUAAGCAUUUUAUCUUUCUCUCUUGUUUUUGCUUAGUUAACAAUACCUCGGGAGAACAGGCAUACUAGAACUAUGAACAGUUGAGUUCAAUUAAGAUCAAUUUAAUACUAUAUGAUGACUCUCAUAUAAUGUGCUUUGUUGUGAUUUUCCAUUUGUUUUGAUGAACCAUUUGUUUUGACGUUCCAUUUGUUUUGACGUACCUGUUUCUUUUUUUUUGAUGUUCCAUUUGUUGAUGUAUCAU